AUGAUCCGGCAAGAGCUCUCCACAUCCUACCAGGAGCUGAGUGAGGAGUUGGACCAGGUGGUUGAGAACUCUGAGCAGGUAAACGAGCAAGAAAAGGAGACAGUCAAAAUCCAGGGUGUCUUACCAGCUCUAGACAGUGAGUCCGCCUCCAGCAGCAUCCGCUUCAGCAAGGCCUGCCUGAAGAAUGUCUUCUCAGUACUGCUUAUCUUCAUCUACCUGCUGCUCAUGGCUGUGGCCGUCUUCCUGGUCUAUCAAACCAUCACAGACUUUCGUGAGAAACUCAAGCACCCUGUCAUGUCUGUGUCUUACAAGGAGGUGGAUCGCUAUGAUGCCCCAGGUAUUGCCCUAUACCCUGGUCAGGCUCAGUUGCUUAGCUGUAAGCACCAUUACGAGGUCAUUCCUCCUCUGAGGAGCCCUGGCCAGCCAGGAGACAUGAACUGUACCACCCAGAGGAUCAACUACACAGACCCUUUCUCCAAUCAGACCCUGAAAUCCGCCCUGAUUGUCCGGGGGCCCCAGGAAGUGAAGAAGCGGGAGCUGGUCUUCCUCCAGUUCCGCCUGAAUGAGAGUAGCGAGGACUUCAGUGCCAUCGAUUACCUCCUCUUCUCUUCUUACCAGGAGUUCCUGCAGAGCCCAGACAAGGUGGGCUUCAUGCAGGACUGUGAGAGUGCCUAUUCCAGCUGGAAGUUCUCUGGGGGCUUCCGCACUUGGGUCAAGAUGUCACUGGUGGAGACCAAGGAGGAGGAUGGACGGGAAGCAGUGGAGUUCCGGCAGGAGACCAGUGUGGUUAACUACAUCGACCAGAGGCCGGCUGCUGAAAAAAGUGCUCAGUUGUUUUUUGUGGUCUUUGAAUGGAAGGAUCCUUUCAUCCAGAAAGUCCAAGAUAUAAUCACUGCCAAUCCUUGGAACACAAUUGCUCUUCUCUGUGGGGCCUUCCUGGCAUUAUUCAAGGCAGCAGAGUUUGCCAAACUGAGUGUCAAAUGGAUGAUCAAAAUUAGGAGGAGAUACUACAAAAGAAGAGGUCAGGCAACAAACCACAUAAGCUGA